UAGCCAACGAUAGCCUUGAACUUCUGAUCCUCUUGCCUCUACCUCCCAAUUGCUAAGACUAUACGUACCCAUCAUUGUGCUCAAUUUGUAUGACGUUAAGUAACAAACCAAAGGCUUCAUCGAUGCUAGGCUAGCACUCUACCAACUGAGCUACAUCUCUAGCCACUCUCAUCCUUUAAACAUUUUACUACAUUUAUUUAUUGGGGGGGGGGGACACCACACACAUGUGCCUCAAUGCACAUGUGGAGAGGUCAGAGGACAACUUAAGUGAGUCAGUUAUCUCCUCCCAUCAUGUGUGUCCUAGCAAUUUAAUUCAGGACAUCAGGCUUUGAAGCAAGCACUGAGCUUCACACACUGAGCAAUCUCACCUCCACCCUUCCCUUCUUUAAAUUUUAUUUCUGAGACAGUAUCUCACUAAAUUAGCCAGCGUAGCCUUGAACUCACACUGUAGCCUAGGCAAGCCUUGAACUCUCAUUCUGCUUGUUUCAACCUCCAAAGUAGCUAAGAUUACAGUCUUGUACCUCCCAGGGCCCUGUUUGUCUGCACAUUUUACAAAAAAGGAAACAGGCUUAGAGGCAAAUGGUAUCUUAUCCUAGGUGCGCAUAGAAUAUGCCUCAGCUGAUUCUCUCUUCUCUACCCCUGUAGACCCUAAGGGUUUCUUCAGAUGGCCCCCUUGGGCAAUGGGUAUGCCUGAAACACCUCCACCCCCACCCCACCGAACCCAUUUCUGAAUCACUUCCCACACAAAGCCACUUCCCUUUCUCACUUCCCUUGCACUGACCUCCCACACACAUGCUGACCACAGGAACCUCACUUUUAGGAAAGAGGUGGGUUUUCAAGAAGGAAGAUGAAGCAGUUGCCCUGAUACCUUCUCCUUGACGGACUACUUGAGGAGGGCUACCCUCAUUUCACCCUUCUCCAGUACCCCAUUGAAGUUGAUCCCAUUACUAUAGUCAAGAUUGUGCAUUUUACAGGGAAGAAAACAAGCCAGUCAUGGUGUGACAUGCCUGUUCAAGGCAAUCCAGGUCUGCAAAGCAAAUCUCAGGCCUGAUCAGCCCAGAUUAAGGAAGGCUUACUCUGUAAGAGAGGACAAAGACAGUGCUCAAAAUGCUUGCUGGAAUGCAAGCUCCUCCGACGCUACUGCUGCUACUGCUUACCCUGCCAGCCACAGGUUCAGACCCUGUGUUCUGCUUCACCAAGUAUGAAGAGUCCUCUGGGAAGUGCAAAGGCCUGCUUGGGGGAGAUGUCAGCGUGGAAGACUGCUGUCUCAAUGCUGCCUAUGCCUUCCAGGAGCAUGGUGGUGGUCCCUGUCAGGCAUGCAGGUCCCCACGAUGGUCACCAUGGUCCUCAUGGGCCCCCUGCUCCGUUACAUGCUCUGAGGGGUCCCAACUGCGACACAGGCGCUGUGUGGGCAGGGGUGGGCAGUGCUCUGAGAAGGUGGCUCCUAGGACACUUGAGUGGCAGCUACAGGCCUGUGAGGACCAGCCAUGCUGUCCAGAAAUUGGUGGUUGGUCUGAGUGGGGACCCUGGGGGCCUUGCUCUGUCACCUGCUCCAAAGGAACCCGAACCCGUCAACGACUAUGUGAUAACCCUGCUCCUAAGUGUGGGGGCCACUGCCCAGAAGAGGCCCAACAAUCACAGGCCUGUGACACUCAGAAGGUCUGCCCCACACAUGGGGCCUGGGCAGCCUGGGGCCCCUGGAGCUCCUGCUCAGGAUCCUGCCUUGGCGGAACUGAACAACCUAAGGAGACACGAAGCCGCUCGUGUUCUGCACCAGCACCUUCCCAUCAGCCCCCUGGGAAACCCUGCCUAGGAUCAGCCUAUGAGCAUCGGGGCUGCAGUGGCCUGCCACCCUGUCCAGUGCCUGGUGGCUGGGGACCAUGGAGCCCUGUGAGCCCCUGCUCUGUAACCUGUGGCCUGGGCCAGACCCUAGAACGACGGACAUGUGACCACCCAGUACCUCGUCAUGGGGGCCUCUUCUGUGCUGGUGAUGCCACUCGGACCCACAUCUGUAACACAGCCACGCCUUGCCCUGUAAAUGGGGAGUGGGAAGAGUGGGGAAAAUGGAGUCACUGCAGCCGUGUGAACAUGAAGUCUAUCAGUUGUGAGGAAAUCCCGGGCCAGCAGUCACGCACAAGGAGCUGUGGUGGCCGCAAGUUUAAUGGACAGAGAUGUUCUGGAAAUUACCAGCAUAUUCGACACUGCUAUGACAUCCAUAACUGUUUCUUGAAAGGUACAUGGUCACAGUGGAGUUCCUGGGGUCUGUGCACACCACCAUGCGGCCCCAACCCCACCCGUGUACGCCAGCGCCUCUGCACACCUUUGCUCCCCAAGUUCUCGCCCACAGUUUCCAUGGUCGAAGGUCAGGGUGAGAAGAAUGUUACCUUCUGGGGGACUCCACGGCCACAGUGUGAGGCGCUACAGGGGCAGAAGCUGAUGGUGGAAGAGAAACGGCCAUGUCUGCAUGUGCCUGUCUGCAAAGACCCAGAGGAGGAGAAACCCUAAAAUCCCUUGCUUCCAUUCUGACCCCUGAUCUUCCAGACCUGAAUAAACCAGCCUUUCUCAA